AUGGCAUCUAUGUGCGGCAGUAGCAAAAGUUAUCCAGCGAUAAAUACAGGCAGCUAUUACAGGCCAGGUGCUUAUCCGUAUCAGAACGAUUAUUAUUUACCACCACGGUCAACAUGGUCCAGAGUCUCGCCACAGCAAACAAAGAAACAAAGAAGCAAUACUACAUGGAAAGUCGGCAGUGCAAUGUUAAUUAUCUCCGCAAUGCUAGUAUUAAUUGCUGUCUUCGCUAUUGCAGGACUCGCUUUAUGGAUGGGAGCUCUUCGGACAGAUUCAAAGAACGCGAUCGUUGGAUUCACCUGCAGUUUCAGGGUGUCUAAAGGAGAAAAGUAUAAUCCUAUGUUGAAACUAAAUACGAGCAUGGUGUUCCGUGAGAAGGAACGAAAAUAUAAGAAUAUAUUCGAGUUGUUGUUCAGAAGAAGCGUUUUAAGCAACGCUUACAAGCAAACAAUCAUAGACAGGUUCGAAAGCGGUGUUCUAAAAGUGUUCUUCAGAAUAUAUCUGGACAGAAGGAAGAUACCGCGAUCGAUCACGAAUGUCGAAGACACGAUCGAGGAUAUUAUCGCAAAGGAGACUUAUUCAUCGUCCUCCUUGUUCAAGGACAUGGAACUGGACCUGACGAGUGUAUCAGUAAAAAGAAUAAAUCAAGAUGUGGCUGGGAACCCAAAGCACGCGCAGCAGAAGAACGCGAUGAUAACAAAGAACGGUCUUCUCCGACCCAAUAGGAACACUUCUCUGAUCACAAAUUCCAAAGCAAAAACAAAACCUACCCAGAUCGAGUCUAUCGAGUCUGAAAUUGAUUUUAGUAACAUACCAACGAUCCAAGGAACUUAUAAAGCGUCAAAAGUGAACGCCACCACGUCAGGUAAAGCAAAUUCAACUCAAGAAACAGUGAAACAUCAAUCAGAUACAACGAACAGUACCAAAGCACCUUUGCCUCAAGAAACCACGUCCAAGUCCUCCAUCAUGGAAGACAAUACCCAUGCAACUGGCACCACGACGCAAACCACUCCAAUCAUCGAUUCGGUGACAAAAGACAAACUCAAUUAUACCGUACACGACGAUAACCAACAAACUGUGAACAAAGUCUUCGAGACAUCCACAAAUCCAGUAGAAAGCGAAGAUCUUUUCAAGGACUUCCGAAAGCCUGAUUUCGAGACUUCGCCAUGGAAACCCAUCGUACCUGGUUACGUGAACACCGAAUUCAAAUUAUUACCGAACAACGUUGAAAAAACUACUAAAAGUAAUAAUUAUGAAGUAAAUUACACUAGUAUAGCAGCUGUCUCUGCCACCACCACCACCACCACCACGAAGAUUCCUCAAGUUCUUCAAAGUAGCAUCCCCCACUCGUCGAAGCCUCCAGAGCCAGCAGAAACCUUGAAUGCCUACGUGGAUGUUCCUGGCAUGAGUACCUUCGACAUAGGAGACGCAGACUUUCCUCGUGACAGAAUCGUGCCCCAGGAAAUGGUGAACUUCAGGGUGAAUGGUAAAUUCAAGAACAAAAUACCUGGUUUGCUGGACGAUGGCCAGAUCUUCACUGAACCAACGGUGUCUAAGGUUGACCAGAACAGAAGACCGGACAUCGAGGUGGCUGGGCAACUGCCACCAGAAACUUACGAUGUCAAACUUCGAACAUCUUCUGAACCAGAAAGAACAGAAUUUCCAUUAGCAAAGCCCCAUCUCUCUUCCGGUGAAAAUGAAACUAGUUGGAGGGUAUCUAACGCGUCUUUGGGAAUCGAUAAUGAAAGGAUAGAUGAAGAUAACGAUGAUUCGAAGGAGAAGGAAAGUUCGGAUAACUUGUUGGUGAGCUCAAGUACCCCAAAAUCGGUUCAGAAUCUGGAUACCGAAGAAGAAUCCACGACUGAAGUGUCAGGAGUUGGGGUAGCAGAGCCUGUCUCAGACGUGGACGUUGAAUUGGAGGCAAGAAAUCGGUACUCGGAUAUCCAAGCGGUUACCAAACAACAGAGCGAUGCUUUACAAGACAGGAAGGUUGAUAAAAAUGCUGAACAACCUAUUUAUACCAGCUACAAGACGCCUGAUCUGAACGGGGCAGGUAUAAAGCCGAGUUUGAUCGAGAGUUCUGGGACGUUGAUGCCGUUCAGGCACACGAUACCCGUAGACAAGAUCACCUCCGUUGUGAACAACGAUAAAAAUCAGCAGAAAGAUUCAUCGAAACAUCAGAUGAACGCUGUGACGGACAGUAUAAUUAACAGCAAGGAAAAGCUUACACAGAAUCAUAGAUUAAACACAAAUGACGAAUUAAAGAAGAACGUGACCGAGAAAGAGGCAACCAAAGUGUUGCCAGAGAAUUUGAAGGCCACGAUCAAAAUGGAAAUUCCAGUUGAAAAUCGGGACAAUACCUUCAGAACAAACUCCCCUAUGAAACACGCGAAGAUCGAGUUAGCGGAACAUGCUGAAGUAACAGAAUCAAGUACAGAUAUCAUAGAUAAUGAAAAAUUUCUUAAAUUAAGUACCACCGAGGUUUACUCGGAGAUGAUACAUCCAUUGUACAAUAACAUUGACAAGUUAGUUGUUAAGAAUGAAGAGACAAAAACACCCAGCUUGUCCAGGAACUCCACGUUCAUUGAGAUCGACACGUUGAAACACACCCCAGGACAGUCUGGAGAUGAAUCGUCCUCGUCGGAGGGUAAACCACUGGAUAGAGUUGAAGGAUUAGACGGCUGGUUGUUCAAUGGAACUGUGAAUCGACCUUCCAGCUCUUCGGGAACUCGUAAGAAGGUCUAUAACGAUACGUUGAAGGCUUAUGUGGUAGAAAAUCUAGUGACUCUAGCGCCUGCUAAAAGUAACACUGGUGUGGGUAGACCCGUGAGACCCAGACCCAAGCUCGACGAGAAAUCUACGAAUAGAAGUUCCUCCGAUGAUUCGAUGCUCCUGGAACAAUUGUUUGGAGUUCAUAGCAGAGAUAAGAACACGACGAAACGAAAUUCUUUUGAUCAGGAUCACUCGGAGCUUCGGGGUGAUGCAGAAGAGUCGAAGAAACAGGGUAAGAUCGAACAAAUCGUCGAGGUCGUCACGUCCAUCAGCACCAAAGUGUCCUCGAACUUUAAAGGAGAUCCUGUCGUAUUGAAAUUCGUCGUUACCAAUUCGACGUCACUUCCGGUGAUACAUACAGAGCUACACGGAGAAGAUACCUCAUCCUCGCAGAUAUCAAUACCUGAAAAACUACCUGCUGAUAACAACAGAGAGGAAAACCGUUCUUUCAGAGAUCAGAGUUCUAAUCAAGGUAGUCUAACCUGGGCACAAGGAUCUUCUACUAAUGUGCAGACGUCGGAUAGGAAGAUCUCUGCCGUUGAAGAGAAUCGGUUUCUUUUGGAAAAAUUGAAACAGUUGGCUUCAAUUGGAACCGGUGAACAACCUGCAAGAGAUAGAAACUCGUCAAAACCAAUUGUGGAGAUGUUGAGACCUUCUAACGUGAACAUGGAACCUCGACCGUUGCCUGAUUUUGAGAAAUUGAAGGAGAUCGCAGACAUUGCAACUGGAAAUGAGACUUUGAUGAACUCCAGUGCUGGAUUUACCAUGACUCGUGAUGGCGUUGAAAUACUGACUAAGAUCUUGAACAAAAUGGAGGAUCGUACUGAUAAAAUGAUAAUCUCUACGACUGAGCAGAAUUUAGAAGCUGAUCGUUGUUUCGGUUUCCAAUGCAGAGACGGGAAAUGUUUACCAGCCAGCGGUAGAUGCAACAUGCUAGGCGAAUGUUCGAAUUCAGAAGACGAGGCCAACUGCACGUGCGCUGAAUUUUUGAAAGCGCAACUUUUACAUCAGAAGAUUUGUGACGGUGUCGCGGAUUGUUGGGAUUAUUCGGACGAAGCAGAUUGUGAUUGGUGCGAAGAGGGUCAAUUCGUUUGCGGGAACAGUCGAUCCUGCAUAGACCAGGAUAAGGUUUGCAACGGUUUCACUGAUUGUCCUGGAGGAGAGGACGAGAAGAAGUGUGCUGCGUUGAUCGAAGACGAGGCAAUGUUAAAUUAUUACAAAACAAACGCGUUUCCUAACAAUGAAAAUCGUAAUCCUGGCAUCGUUACAACAGAAUAUGAAGAAGAUUUCUUAGAGACAGAAUCUACCACCAACAGGGACAUCUUUGAUCAAGAAGCUGUCGAAUCUUUGAUCUCAGAAUCAACUACGUUACGUGCCACAUUUAAAAGCAAUGUUCAAUUGGAGAAGAUUGUAAGCACCAAAGAUGUUUCUACUAUGGAAGAAAGCUUGUUUGACAAUCGUAAACAUUCAAAGACGGCAGCUCUCGUCUCGGGAAGAGAAAUAUCGUCGAACACGAAGGAUAUCCUUACUCAUGGGAACUCUAUUCACGUAAACACAAAGAAGAAUGACACGACUGCGAUUAAUUUCAAAAAAGAGAUUAACAGUUAUCACGAGAAAGGGUAUUUAAAUAUUCGAAAGAAUGGCAAAUGGGGGAAAUUGUGUUUAAACGGAAUGGACGAUCUUUUGCAAGAGAGACAAGCUAUUUGGACAAUCGAGGACCUCGGUAGAGCUGUUUGCAAAGCGAUUACUUAUCAAGAUUACGAUACAGUAGAGAAGGUAUUGGACGAAAAGCCAGCAUCCAACAGCGUGUAUUACACUCUGUCUUACAACGAGAAACCUACGGACAAAACGAUUCUGACUUUCAAACCAUCCAAGUGCCCGACCGGUGAGAUUCUCAGGGUCAAGUGCAAGAACCUUGAGUGUGGAAUAAGAACCCAGACCCCGUCGCAGGCCAGAUCGAAUGUUUCACGACGUUGCAGAAUAGUCGGAGGUGGUAGUUCCUCGACCGGAAGUUGGCCCUGGCAAGUAGCUUUGUACAAAGAAGGCGACUAUCAAUGUGGCGGGGCUCUUAUCAACGAGAGAUGGAUUCUCUCCGCGGCGCAUUGCUUUUAUCAUGCUCAAGACGAGUACUGGGUAGCGAGGAUCGGGGCAACUCGCAGAGGAAGUUUUCCAAGUCCUUAUGAACAAGUGUUGCGUGUAGACCACGUAUCCUUGCAUCCUGAUUACAUCGACAAUGGAUUUAUAAACGACAUAGCGAUGUUGAGGCUCGAGAAACCGGUAAUCUUCAGCGAUUAUGUUAGACCGGUGUGCCUUCCUCAAGCAGAAGCCAAAAGUGGCACCAUGUGCACCGUAACUGGCUGGGGACAACUGUUCGAAAUAGGAAGGAUAUUUCCGGAUACCUUACAAGAAGUACAACUUCCUGUGAUUUCAACGGAGGAAUGCCGAAGAAAAACUCUCUUCCUUCCACUGUACAGGAUCACAUCAGGGAUGCUUUGUGCAGGUUUGAAGGACGGUGGAAGAGAUGCUUGCUUAGGAGACAGUGGCGGACCUCUGGUUUGCUCAGCAUCAGACAACAAGUACACUCUUCACGGAAUAACGUCGAACGGUUACGGUUGUGCCAGACCCGGAAGACCCGGGGUCUACACAAAAGUUUAUCAUUAUCUUCCAUGGAUUGAGCAUAUCCUAUCGGCGAAAGACAUUCGUUCGUCGAUAGCUUCUUGCAAGGGUCAUCGAUGUCCUCUUGGCGAAUGUUUACCAAAAUCUCGUGUAUGUAAUGGAUUUUUAGAAUGUUCAGAUGGUAGCGAUGAACGCGAUUGCCCUGUUAAUCUUUAAUCUGUUAACCAGCUCGUUUCUUCACCAGAAAAUGAUCAUUUAUUUCCUGUAAGUGUAAUAAAAAAUGAAGGGUAAUGAGUCACUUCGUAUCAUCCACGACAAGUAUGUGUUAAAAUAAAAUACUGCGUUUUUCUGUUAAUAUACAUACAGUGAGAGGCAAAAGUGAGUAGACAUUGUUCAUAAUAGAAUACCUCGGUUAAAAUUGGACUAAAUAACUUGAGGUUUUUUGAGAAGCUAUAAAAAUUAAUUCACUAAAAUAUUUCAUUGUAAUUUGUAAUUGUAAUUUUAAAAUUGUAAUUUCUUAAAACGAUGAAAAUACAUAUUUUAGUGAAUUCAUUUUUAUAGCUUCUCAAAGAAUCUCAAGUUAUUUAGUCCAAUUUUAACAGAGGUAUUCUAUUUUCAACAGUGUCUCCUCACUUUUGCCACUCACUGUAUAUGUAAUGAUAUUAUGAAAACGAAGGAAUGUUUAACGCUAGAACAACAUAUCCUUUAGUUAAAUACCAUUUUUAAAGGAUUUCAUUGUUCUAUCGUUAAACUCGUCCUCCCCGAUUAACAGAUUAACGAUAAAAGACUGAACUGGUAUCUCUGUAUAUUUAUUUUCUUAACAAAUUUAAUAUUAAUUUAAUUUAAUUAACUAUUAAGAUUGCUGUAAAAUAUUUGUAUGCUCGUCGAUUGAAUAGAAAUGUGCAAUACAUAGCUAGAAAUCAAAAUGAUUGAAGAUAAAUGUUUAGAGAGUGGAUCAGUGAUUGGAUUGUUAAUUAAUAAAUAUAAUAAACGCGCUGAUUCAUACUCUAUUACACAAUUAUCUUUACGUUUGAUGAUUAACACGAUAGAAAGGUAAAUAUGAUAAUGAUUAAGCGUUUAAAAGAUUUUUUAAUGAUAACGAAUAAUCACAAUGAAUAGUAUUACUGAGUCAUUCGUAUGACUCGGCAAUACUGCAUAUACAUUGGAAUAUUUAGAUGAACCUGGUAUUUUGAUUCUUUUGUGAAUCUUAAGGCCAUGUGUAUCUUUACGUCGAUUCAAUUCUCUCUACAUAGUGUGUGUAAAUAUUAUAUCUAAUUAU